UGUAUAUUCAUUAGAAAGCUGUGGGAGUUUUUCUGCGUUUACGACAGAGUGCUGCUCGUGCGCGAGCGUGGAGGCAAUGGUAGCAAGAUGGCGGCGUUGAAGGAGGAGCAGUGCUACGGACUGUCCUGUGGACGAGUGAGCAAUGGCAGUAAUGUCUCCGUCUUUCACGUAAAACUCACUGACAGCGCCUUGAGGGCAUUUGAAGGUUACCAGAGUAGCAAGGACCUGUCUUCACAACCGCUGAUCCGAUUUACUGGAAACCAAGGGAAAAUCUCAAUACCACGGUCGGAAAAUCCGAAUGAGCUGCGGACGUUUACUUUCUACUUGUCCAAUGUUGGUAGAGACAACCCACAGGGAAGUUUCGACUGCAUUCAGCAGUACAUCACCAGUGAAGGGAGCAUUCAGCUGGACUGCCUGGGUGGGAUCCAGGACAAGAUCACUGUGUGUGCCACAGACGACUCCUAUCAGAAGGCCAGGCAAAGCAUGGCUCAGGCAGAGGAGGAGACCCGCAGCAGGGGUGCGAUCGUCAUCAAGCCUGGGGGGAGAUACGUGGGUAAGAAGGUGCAGAUCCGGAAACCAGCACCUGGCCUGUCUGACAUCGCUCCGUCGCGGCGGACGUCGCGGCCUGUCAUAAUCUCCAGCAGCACGGGGAAGAAGAGCACGGCGCAGCAGAGGCCCCUGAGGGAGCGCCUCACCCACCUGCUGGCCCUCAAGCCCUAUAGGAAGCCGGAGCUCAUCCUGCGCCUGCAGAAGGACGGCCUCUUGCCCUUCGACAAAGACUCUCUUGACAGCCUCCUGCAACAGGUGGCUAACCUAAAUGGGAGAGACAACACCUUCACAUUGAAGGACUCUUUGUUUAAGGACAUUCAGAAGGACUGGCCAGGCUACACUGAGGGAGACCAGAAACUUCUGAAGAGGAUCCUUGUUCGGAAAAUGAGUCAGGCCCAAAGUCAGACUCAGAACACGACCACCACCACAGUGGCUCCGCCACCUCCAGUUGAGGUCCCACUCCCAGUGAGCCCUCCCAAAGAGCUGUCCAGCAGCUCCCCGUUGCAGAAACGGCCGGCUGCGGAUUUCAUCGAUCCACUGGCCAACAAAAAGCCCAGGAUAUCACACCUCGCCAACAAGGCAGCGGGACCAGUAAAUGGCAAGCUGAGUUCCUCUAAUGGGAAGGAGGUGAGCGGGGCCGUGGUCGCGGCAGUGGGAGACGGUGUGACAUCCAGCUCCCAGCUCCCCCUGCUGGACAUCCCCCGGCCCUUCGACCCACUCUCUGACGUCAGCAACGACUCCAGCCACAAUGGCCGGGACUGUGAGAGCCAGGAGGCAGCCAUGGCUGAGAGACUGAGCCAGCCACCCGUCUUCUCUGGGACUGCAGCACUGUCCGUACCAAGCCUGGGCCACUCGUCCCCCAGACACGUGGGCCUCGACGGGCCCCGAGGCAAGAGCUCCUCGCCUUCCCUGCACGGCAAGUCCAAGAAGAAGUCCAAAAAACACAAAGACAAGGAAAAGUCCAAAGAGAGGGAGAGGAAGGGAGUGGAGGAGCGUGUUCCUGAACCAAGAAAGGCCUGUGACAUCACCUCCAGCCCUGACAACAUGAAGAGCAGCAGUAUUCCACACAGGAGCACAGAUCUCAAUGGAAUGUGCAACAACACCAGUGUUCCUUCGUCAUCGACUGAGAUGGCAGACUAUUUAUCGAAGUAUACCGUGAUUGGCUCUUCCGAGCAGCGUCAGACCUACAAGAAUGACUUUAAUACUGAGUACAGUGAGUACCGUGGCCUCCACUCUCGGAUAGAGGGCAUCACUCGGCAGUUCACUGUGCUCGACACUGAGCUCAAGCAGCUCCAACAAGGCACAGACCAGUACAAGACAAUCCACAAUCAGAUACUCCAAGAGUAUCGUAAAAUAAAAAAGACGAAUCGAAACUAUAGCCAAGAGAAGAAUCGCUGUGAAUAUCUACACAACAAACUGGCACAUAUAAAGAAACUUAUAGCAGAAUAUGAUCAUCAGCAACUUCAUAACUGGCACUAGUUUGGCAUUUACUCUUUUCUCUCUGGAAACCAGACAGAGAAAGAAACUGGAUUCUGCUUGUUCUAAAAGUACUUAUUAAAGAUACCAUGAAGGGAGUAUUCCCCUCAUUGGGGGCAAAAGCACUAGUGAGGACAAAGCAGACCACAUUAUAUUUUUUCUUUUUUUAAGACUGUGGCAUGUUUGGCCAGAUCGCUGUGUAGCUACACUGCAUCCGGAAAAGCUUUGGUGGUGUUUCUCAUACUCUCAGCCCACCUUAGUGCACACAGAUUUCUCAAAGAGUAGAAAUGGAAAAUCCACAUUCUUUGGAGAUCUCCAAACAGCCUUUCCUGGUUUGUAGACUGGGGGGUGAUGGUGACACUGAAAGGGAGUCAGCAGAUCUUAAGCCAAAUGCAAAUAGUUUAAGAGAAAAAAAAUAUGGAUUGUGAUAUCACGUUUCCUGAUGAACUAUUUUACUGUUUUCUUUUUUAAUUUAUUUUUUUCUUUUUGGAUUUACAUAGGGGCAACAAGAUCUGUUAUAAUUUUUACACUCAAUCAGUACUACAAGGCAGUGUCUUGUUUUUGUCUUCAUCUUGAAUGUCAGCCAGUAUUUUAUGCAAAAGCUGCCAUCAAAUUGUCCAUCUGUUGCUGUUCAUAAUUUGUUUCCUUUUAAAGAGAUACAACUAUCCCCAUCAAUUAAUAAAGACAAUGCUAUAAAAACUCCAGUCAGGCACAGGUGCCUCUGUUUGGCUUUUCUUACAUCUUGUUCAUAUGUCUUAACCAGAAGGACAUAAUGGAAGAGCAGCUGCAUCCUCGGAUGAUAGGAGCUUAAUGAAUAUAAAGGGUUAACACAAACUGGUCAAGUAUUUUUCAUAAUUGGUCAUGGUAAACUGUAAUUAUAGUUAGUGAUGGUACUUGGCUAUGCCCAUCUGCUGUGGGGCAGGGUUGUUUUCAGCUUCCCUACGCAAUUGUAAAGCCAGUUCACUGUCAGAAAUUUGCAAAACCCACUCUCAGGCAAAAUUGUACCACCUAAUGCAAACAGGGAAGAUGGAAUAAUUAGCUUCUUCAACAUAAUGUAGUCUGUUUAAUCAUAAAUUGGAAGAUCUUAGUAUAUAUAUAUAUAUAUAUAUAUAUAUAUCCCCCAUGCAGCAGCAUUUGCUAUUGUAACUUUUCUCUGUUCAAUGUAGUGGAAUAUAUUGGUUAUAAUUUCCCUUCAAUCAAUGCAAACAAUUUGCUCUUAAUUACUUUUUUUCCCAACCCCGUGUUUGUUCAUCAAUAUGAUUGUCAAGGUGACUGUUAACCCAGGACCAGCCUCACAUCUUCCAAGUGGAGUGGAUGACUCAAGUAUCCUUCUUGUGUAUCUGCCAGGCUACAGUAUUACAGCUCUUCAAUGUGCCCCUGAAAUGAUCAGAAAAGCUAUAAUGUUUUGCAAACUGUUCUUCACUAAGCUCUCAAUCCCUUCAAGUCUAGUCAACUAAUGCAUUUCUGAUAUUGACCAUUUUAUGUGAAUAUGAAAAGUCCACUUUUUUGUUGCAAAUAUUAGUUACUCUUACCUAGGUUUUGUCAAAAUGUAUAUUUUCACUUUGUCCAUCAGUGCAUGCUUUCCGAAUGUCUUACAAUGACCAGUAUUAGUAUCUUUACUUCAAACCGCUUCCCAAAGACAUGCAAAGCCCUGAUUUUAAACCUCAAUAUGGAAACUAUUUGACAAUGUUCUGACCAGCAUUAAUACCAAAACAAGAUGCUCUCCCAGGAAUUGACCAAAUGGCAUAAUCCAUUUCAGAGUAAUUGUUGGUUUAUUUUAAACAUGCCAUUUUAAACCAGUAUUGCCCUAUAACAUGUCAUCAAGCCUCUGGUUAAGAUGUGAGUGGGGCUCUUAUUCACUUCAAAUGGGCUCUACAUGCCUCUGCUUAGAUGUUUCCAUGUAAGUUUACUGUAUUAUCACACAUGAAAUCAUCACACAUGAAAUCCAAACACAACACAUGGCUGAUGCUGAAAUAUUGAUUUGUCACAAUGCUGAUUACUGGGGCUGACAGAUUGCCUCUGGAAAGAGAACAUUGGGGUCUUAUGAAUGUUUUGUGACCAGAACCCAUUCUUGUCAUCACUCAGUAAUGUUGAGCCCUUUAAAUAAAAAGUAAUUUUUUUUGCUGGUCUCAUACUCUCAUUGAGCUGUUUUAUAGAGACAUUCUGAUAUGAUUACUGUAUACAUUUCACUUGCGGUCAAAUCCAUUUUGACUCAAUUCUUUUCAUCAAUAAAGAUGGUAAAUGCAUUUGCUCAGAUAUGGAACUAGUUGUGUUUAAGUAUAAACUGCCAGAACAGUAUACCAUGGUAUGAAUUGGAUGUGCCAAGUGACCUGUUGUAUAAGUUUUCAUAUGAUUACAAAUGCUGCUGUUUUGGCAAAGAGAUGGCUUUGGAGAAGAGUCUGGGAUGUUGUCGCUUAAACCCAAAGCCUGCUUUUUGAAACCAUAAGGGUCUGGGACUGAAAUUGAUCUUUAUUUCAAUAAAAAUUAUUUAAAAUCCUUA